GAGGAAGGAAGGGGAAGCGAAGCGGGAGGAGGCGGGGGAACAAGAGGUAGGAGUAGGCUCCGCCUUACCCCUGGUGAGCUUAAGAAGAUGUCCGAUAGCACAGGUGCAGGUGCCAAAACAGAUGGAACUGUUCAAGUACAUAAGGAUAAUCCUGUAAAGAGAGUACCUAUUGCACGACCUAGCUUUGGCCAUGAAGGAAAGCAAAUCAAACUUCUCUCAAACCACUUCACUGUGAAGCUUAGUGGAAUUGAUGCGAUUUUCUACCAAUACUGUGUUUCCAUCAAAUCUGAGGAUGAUAAGGUGAUUGAUGGCAAGGGUAUUGGCCGGAAGGUCAUGGAUAAACUGUUGCAAACAUACAGUUCUGAGCUUGCUGGGAAGGAAUUUGCGUAUGAUGGUGAAAAAUGUCUAUUUACUGUGGGGCCUCUUCCACAGAACAACUUUGAGUUCACUGUUAUCUUGGAGGAAACAUCUUCAAGAGCUGCUGGUGGGAGUCCAGGGCAUGGAAGCCCUGGUCAAGGUGACAAGAAGCGAUCAAAGCGCGCACAUCUUGCAAAAAAAUUUGUAGUGGCCAUGAGUUAUGCAGCAAAGAUUCCCCUGAAGUCAGUAGCUUUGGCCCUUCGGGGAAGCGAGUCAGAUCAUGCUCAGGACGCUCUGAGAGUCCUUGAUAUUGUCUUAAGGCAACAACAGGCAAAGCGAGGUUGCCUGCUUGUUAGACAAUCGUUUUUCAGUGAUGACUUUAGAAAUUUAGUUGAUUUAACUGGUGGUGUUAGUGGAUGUCGUGGACUCCACUCGAGUUUCCGUACUACCAUUGGUGGUUUAUCUUUGAACAUGGAUGUUUCAACCACUAUGAUUGUGACUCCUGGACCAGUUUUUGAUUUCCUCCUUACAAAUCAAAAUGUCAGAGACAUUAGAGAUAUUGACUGGCCCAGGGCCAAGAAAAUGUUGAAAAACCUGAGAGUUAAAGCCAUGCACAAUAACAUGGAGUUCAAGAUCAUUGGUCUGAGUGACGAACCCUGCUCUAGACAAACAUUCCCCAUGAAAGUACGAAAUGGAAGCAAUGAAGGUCAAACAGUUGAAAUUACUGUCCAAGAAUAUUUUAAGUCCAAGCAGGUGGAUUUAACAAUGCCUUAUCUGCCAUGUCUUGAUGUGGGAAAACCAAAACGCCCAAAUUAUGUUCCAAUUGAGCUGUGCAAUAUGGUAUCACUUCAAAGAUAUACAAAGGCACUUUCUUCUCAACAAAGAUCAACCUUGGUUGAAAAAUCACGUCAGAAACCUCAAGAGCGCAUGCGAGUUGUUACUGAAGCUGUAAAAAACAAUAGAUAUGAUGAUGAUCCAAUCUUAUCUUCUUGUGGCAUUAAAAUUGAGAAACAACUCACUCGCGUCGAUGGUCGUGUCUUGUCUGCACCAACGCUGGUUGUGGGAAAUAGUGAAGAUUGCAUUCCUAACAGAGGAAGAUGGAACUACAAUAACAAGAGGCUAUUUGAGCCUGUCAAGAUUGAGCGUUGGGCAAUUGUUAAUUUCUCUGCUCGGUGUGACAUGAGCCGGAUCUCAAGAGACCUGAUAAACUGUGGACGGACUAAAGGCAUUAUUAUUGAACGCCCUUUCACCUUGGUGGAUGAGGAUAGCCAAGCUAAGAGAUGUUCUCCUGUUGUAAGGGUUGAAAGGAUGUUCGAAAAAGUGAAAGCAAACCUUCCUGGUCCUCCUGAAUUUCUGCUGUGUGUUUUACCAGAAAGGAAAAAUUGUGAUCUCUAUGGGCCAUGGAAGAAGAAAAACCUUCAUGAGAUGGGUAUUAUCACUCAAUGCAUUGUUCCUAGCACUAAGAUGAAUGAUCAAUACUACACCAAUGUUCUUCUGAAAAUCAAUGCUAAGCUUGGUGGAAUGAACUGUAAGCUUUCAUUGGAGCAUCGCCAUAUGAUUCCAAUUGUCAAUCAAACACCCACAUUGAUUUUGGGAAUGGAUGUUUCACAUGGUUCGCCAGGCCGAGCAGAUAUACCAUCAAUUGCUGCGGUUGUUGGGUCCAGAUGUUGGCCACUGAUAUCACGCUACAGAGCAUCUGUCCGGACCCAGUCUCCAAAGGUAGAGAUGAUUGAUUCUCUUUUUAAGCCAUUGGGUGAUGGAAAAGAUGAUGGCAUAAUAAGGGAACUUCUACUGGACUUCUACAAGACCAGUCAACAAAGAAAGCCGAAGCAGAUAAUAAUUUUCAGGGAUGGUGUGAGCGAGUCUCAAUUUAGUCAAGUACUGAAUGUUGAGCUUGAUCAAAUUAUAAAGGCAUACGAGUAUAUGGAUCAGGGGCCAAUUCCUAAGUUCACAGUGAUUAUUGCUCAAAAGAAUCACCACACAAAACUUUUCCAAGAAAAUGCUCCAGACAAUGUUCCGCCAGGGACUGUUGUAGAUUCUGGUAUCGUUCAUCCAAGACAGUAUGAUUUCUAUAUGUGUGCUCAAGCUGGACCUAUAGGUACCUCAAGGCCCACCCAUUACCAUGUCCUUCUCGAUGAGAUUGGUUUCUCGCCGGAUGACCUCCAGAAACUAGUUUUAUCGCUUUCAUAUGUGUACCAAAGGAGCACCACUGCAAUAUCUGUUGUGGCACCGAUCUGUUAUGCUCAUCUCGCAGCAGCGCAGAUGGGACAGUUCAUGAAAUUCGAGGAGUUCGCUGAGACUUCCUCUGGAAGUGAUGCCCCUUCGUCAUCAGGAGCAGCAGUCCCAGAGUUGCCGCGCCUGCAUGCCGAUGUCUGCAGUUCGAUGUUCUUUUGCUGAGGUGGUGUUAGUCAGCAGUUGUGCAGCAGGGCUGACCUUUUUGUUAAGGAACCAAAUACACCAUAGGCACUUUUUUAGUAGAUAUGACAUGACAUUAGGUU